CGCAUGCGCCCAGCUUCAAAAAUGUGCCUACAUAGGAUGGCAUAGAACCGGGGGGAGGGGCACCGGGGAGGGGGAGGGCACCCAUGAUUUCCGCUACCGGUUCGGACAAACUGGUCUGAACCGUUUGAAUCCCACCUCUGUUCCUGAGAAAAUGUAUUGAAACCAAUAAGAUAUGUGUGGAUCACAUCAGGACUUGGAUGGGCCACCUUGGAUCUACGUAUCUGGACAAUGGCAAGAUAUAUGUGUAGAUGUUUAUGGUGACUCUACUCUCCUAACUGUAGGAAAAACUCUUGGAAAAAUGAGUUUGGACAAUCUGUUAAUUUCCGAGAUGGACAAAGAACUCCCUGGUUUGCAGAAUGGAUUUUAAAAACGUGGGUCCUUGGUCCUCUCUUUUGAAAAGCACCUUUGGGACAACAAAGUCAGAUGGUUUUCAUUCGUGGGUGAAGGCCAACAGCAUAUUCCAGGGCUGUAGACGAUGAGAGGAAAGUAAAAUAACAUUACGGAGGAACUCCUAGAAGCUACAGUUGGUGCAGAAUGUAGUGGUACAAGUAUUUAUGGGUGUAACUUGGUACACCCAUGUCCUGCCUUUGCUUUGCUUUGAGUUUCACUGGCUUCUGGGUACGAUUGAAGGUGCCAAUUGUCACCUAUCAUGUACGAGGCUGGGUCUGCUUCUCUGCUUGUCUCUAUUUGGUAGGCUCUCUGUCGUGUCCCACCCCCUACUCCGACGAACGAGUCAAGGAACUCCGUAACAAACUUGGCAACAAAGCCUCUGCAGCUUGCCAAGUUUCUUCGAGGUUUAUCAGGGCAGGCAGGAGUCCAAGCUGUGACUUCAGCGAUAGGGUCUGGUAUCAGCAAACUCGAUAAGACUUUGCUUGACUCAAGGUUGGAAUGCCAAAAGCAGUCCUUUAUAUAGGCUGUGGGGUGUGGCUCCAUGACUCAGCAUUUAUCCAGGCCUGCCCCUCCCUUCCUUCUGCUGGCGUCGCCUCUCAGAUCUCCGGAAGCAAGGAUCCUCCCACUUUGAAUUGUCUUCAGCUGGAUCUGCUGUCUGGGAAAGGGAGGGGUCAGAAGGAGUAGGCCCGAGCAAUUCCAAUUCCUGGCUGGCUUCCUGCUCUGACGGCUGAGCCAAAGGAACACACACUGUAUGAGUGAGAUUUAUCAGGUUACUCCUUUGACUCCUGGAAUGGUCUCCAGGCAUGGGGCCAGGGGCGGGGGCUGGAGGCAUGAUAGGCCGUUCAUCUUCAUUAUCAGACUCGGAGUCUGAUAAUAGGCCCGGUUGGAGAUGGGAGGGGCCCGACUGAGGAGAGGAGGGAGGACGAGUCACAACACUCUGUGUUGUCAGUGUGCGCACAGGUCUAUCUACCCAGGAGCGAGUACUGCAAACAGUGGUUUGUAUCAAAUAGUGGUUUUUAAUCUACAAUAGGAAUAUAGGAAUACUAUAUAUACACGUGCUACAAGCAUCAUCUAAACAAACAGCAAUUACAGCAGGGAAGAAACGCAAUGAACCAACAAACACUCUAGCCAGAGCCUCCUCUUAUUACACAGGCUCUUAAAGGGAUAACAGCCAAAGACCCUGCUGACUUGUUCCCCUCAUUGCAUCAGCUGGUCAGCUCUUAAAUUAUCACCUUGAAAUGUGUCCUGUCUGUUAAAAAGUGUCCUUUUCUGAAACCCAGGAAGUGUGCCUUUCUAUCACUAUACCCACCAUUUGGAACCCAAGAUUAGGUUGGCCGCUAUCCCAGUAUCCUUUCAAACAACCCUGAAGAAUUGCCUCUUUCUCCAAACAUGGAAGUUGGAGCUAGAAAGGUUUUAUUGUUUGAGUCUUGUUAUUAUCGAUCUCUGCUUGACUUUGUAUCUUUUUGGUUGCCCUCAGAAAAGUCCUGCACACGUUCCUUCUAAUGGGACAGAAGUGUAGGAAUCCAGGAAGGUUGAAGGUUGUAGACCACCAGGGACAUUAGAUCUCAGCGUUCAUAUACUUAAAAGAGAACCAGUUGGGUCGAGUGGUUAAGGCUCCAGGUAGAAACCAGGAAACCAUGCGUUCUAGUCCUGCCUUAGCCAUGACAGUCAGUUGGGUGACUUUGGGCCAAUCAACAGGAGAUGGUGACUUCUAGUCCUGCCUUAAGCAUGAAAGCCAGCUAUGUGACUUUGGGCUAAUCACUCUCUCUCAGCCCAACCUCACAGAGUUGUUGUUAUGAGGAAGGUGUGUUAGAUAGGGUAGAACAAGAAGCAAUGGGUGGAAACUAAUCAAGGAGAGAAGCAACUUAGAACUACUAAGGAGAAAUUUCCUGACAGAACAUUUAAUCAGUGGAACGACUUGCCUGCAGAAGUUGUGAAUGCUCCAACACUGGAAAUUUUUUAAGAAAAUGUUGGAUAACCAUUUGUCUGAGAUGGUGUAGGGUUUCCUGUCUGGGCAGGGGGGUUGGACUAGAAGACCUCCAAGGUCCCUUCCAACUCUGUUGUUGUUGUUGUUGUUAUUAUUAUUAUAUGUUGGCUGUCUUGAGCUAUUUGUAGAAAUAAUAAAGGUGGGUGAUAUAGAGAUAUAGAUGACAGAGAGAUACACACACACAUGUGCGUGAGUGCGCUGGUGCAUACACGCAAACACACACUUAAAAAGACAUCCAUACAAUUACGUGUCUUCCAGAAACCUGGUUGUUACUUAUGACAGAACUGCUGAUUGCAGCUGAUGGAUGGCCUACUUAAAGCAAAUUCCCUACAUUUUGUGUUGAUCAUUUAACUCAGGAGGUAAUGCUUAUGCAUAAGAUACAAGUCAUAUUACAGGGUGAAGCAGAGUAGGUAUUUAACAAAGCCAAUUAUAACAACCACAUAUUCUUUCAGGCGUGACUCUAUUCCAGCAAAGGAAUGGAAUUGUGGAAUUAUAAAUACUAUAAUCCUGUUUUCAUUCCACUGCUUUCUAGGUCGAGAUUUCACACUUCUCCAGAUUUGCUGAUGCAAUCUAUAAUAUAAUAAGGGGCCUCUGGUGGCUCAGCAGACUAAGUCUGUCUGUUAUUAACACAGCUGCCUGCAAUUACUGCAGGUUCUAGUCCCACCAGGCCCAAGGUUGACUCAGCCUUCCAUCCUUUAUAAGGUAGGUAAAAUGAGGACCCAGAUUGUUGGGGGCAAUAAAAGUUGACUUUGUAUAUAAUAUACAAAUGGAUGAAGACUAUUGCUUAACACAAUGUAAGCCGCCCUGAGUCUUCGAAGAAGGGCGGGAUAUAAAUUCAAAUAAAUAAAAUAAAUAAAUAAAUAAUCACUAAUGAGGAUCCUCUGAUUAAACUCAUAUGUGAUACUUUCUUAGUCAUCUCCUUCCUCUCAUAAGUAUACAAAUUGGUUCUGACAGAAUAAGCGACGUAAGCAGAUAAUUGGAAAGUAUGUAAUAAAUCUAACCAAAAAAAUGAAGAGAUCUAUUUUUUUUUCCAAGGAAAUAAAAAAAAUUGACUGAUGAGAGUUGCGUGGAAAUGGCAUAAAGCAGAAGUGGGUUUCAGCAGGUUCUGACCAGUUCUGGAGAACCGGUAGCAGAAAUUUUGAGUAGUUCGGAGAACCGGUAAAUACCGCCUUUGACUGGCCCUGCCCCCAUCUAUUCUCUGCCUCCCGAGUCCCAGCUGAUUGGGAGGAAAUGGGGAUUUUGCAGUAACCUUCUCCUGGAGUGGGGUGGGAAUGGAGAUUUUGCAGUAACCUUCCCCUGGAGUGGGGUGGGAAUGGAGAUUUUACAGUAUCCUUCCCCCGCCACACCCACCAAGCCAUGCUCCGCCCACCAAGCCACACCCACAGAACCGGUCGUAAAAAAAAUUUGAAACCCACCACUGGCAUAGAGGUAGUCCUCGGCUUACGACUGUUCACUUCAGUGCCCACUUGCAAUCACAACGGCAAUGAAAAAAUUUAGCGGGGAAGCCAUAUUCAUUUAACAACCAUGUUCCUAACUUGACAACUGCAGUGAUUCACUUAACAACCAUGUCAAGGAAGGUCGUAAAUUGGGGCAAAGCUAAUUUAAUAGCUCCCUUGCUUAGCAGUGGGGCUCCCAAGGUGCUUUUUCAGGAGGCAACUGGACUUCCUUGUUUUUUCUUUUUGAAGACGUUUCGCUUCUCAUCCAAGAAGCUUCUUCAGCUCUGACUGGAUACUGAGGAAUGGAAGGAUUUAUACUCCUUGGAGACAGCUGGUCAUUUGCAUCCUUUUUAGAGAGUCCUUGGGGCCACUUGGAUAUUUGUUUGUGUCCUCAGGAUUCCCUAAAUAGUGCAAAUGGUUCCUGUAGUCCGCAAUUUUUCCUCUGGAAAUCCAUUCCUACUCCCACACCAUUCCAAGGGUCUUCAUCCCAAAUUGUAUAGCUAAAAGUCUGUAGAGAUUCUCAGUCAUCCAGGUCAUGGUUGUCCCAAAGGUGCUUUUUCAGAAGGCAACUGGACUUUCUCGUUGUUUUUUUUUCUUUUUGAAGAGGUUUUGCUUCUCCUCCAAGAAGCUUUUUCAGCUCUGACUGGAUACUGGGGAAUGGAAGGAUUUAUAUUCCUUGCAGACAGCUGGUCAUUUGCAUCCUUUCAGAGAAUCGUUGAGGUCACUUGGAGGUUUGUCUGUGUCCUCAGGGUCAUCUGAGUUCCUGUAGUCUGCAAUUUUUCUGGAAAUCCAUUCCUACUCCCAUGCCAUUCAAAGGGUGUUCAUCCCCAAUUGUAUAGCUAACAGUCCAACAGUGCAAACUUUCAUGACCUGGGUGACUGAGAAUCUCUACAGACUUUUAGCAAUGGGGUUAUUUUAAAGAUGGAAAGACCAUUCACAGUUAAGGAGCUUCUGGUGGCUCAGACUGCUAAGACAGUCUGUUAUUAACACAGCUGCUUGCAAUUACUGCAGGUUCAAAUCCCACCAGGCCCAAGGUUGACUCAGCCUUCCAUCCUUUAUAAGGUAGGUAAAAUGAGGACCCAGAUUGUUGGGGGCAAUAAGUUGACUUUGUAUAUAAUAUACAAAUGGAUGAAGACUAUUGCUUGACAUAGUGUAAGCCGCCCUGAGUCUUCAGAGACGGGCGGGAUAUAAAUGCAAAUAAUAAAAAAAAAGGACAUAGAAUCACAUAGCCAUAGGGUGGGAAUUCAAGACUGUGAUGUUCAGGUGGACAGGAUAGCUGUCAAAGAGGACCCCAAAUUUUCCAACUACAAGAGAAAGAGCUAAGCAUUUGAAUGACAUUUCAACUGGGUUUGAGAUUAGAAACCUGUUCCGCUAUACCAGGGGUCUGCAAACUUGGCUCUUUUAAGACUUGUGGACUUCAACUCCCAGAGAUCCUCAGCCAGCUUUGAGUUGAAGUCCACAAGUCUUAAAAGAGCUAAGUUUGCAGACCCCUGUACUAGAUAUAUAUUUUGGGGGGCAAAACUGUGGCUCUCAUUAUUGACUUCCCAUUUAUAGGAUUCAGUAACAAGCUAGGAUAAGGUCAACAUGGCAACCUGUGCCAUGGCAUCCUUUGGCAACUGACAAAAUCAGUUGCUGCCAGCUUGUUUCUCAACCUCGGCCCCUUUAUCUGGACUUCAGUUCCCAGAAUUCCCCAAGUAGCCAUUCGAGGACAAAGGACAAGGUCUCCCAGGUAUCAGAAGCGUGCCAGCAUCAAAUGUUAAAUGUGUGUUGGAAGUGUAAAAACAAUGAAGGGACCUUUUUUACCAUCUAUGGUGGACAUGUGAUAAAGCAAAUAAAUAAAAAAUGUUGGACUAUGAACAUCAGCAUUCCAGAAAAAAACCCCAACUCCAAGUAAAAACUCUGAAGCAAGCAUUUUUCAAAGUUCUAUUUACUAGGAUAGGUAAACUGGCACAUCUGGGAAAACCCGAAUCUGAGAGGUCCAGGUUUCAGUAAAUCAAAACCCUCAAAACCAUCCCCUCACUCCCCAGUCGAUCACGUGCUCCAAUCGUCAUCCUUCCCAUCUCGAGACAGCAGUUCAACCACUCCUCCUCCAGAUGCAGGAUCGGCCUGACCUUGACCGAUAGGAAGAAUGCUACUAUGUCUAACUACAUUCACUCUACUAAAUCCUCCCUCCUACUUUCCCACACAUGAGAAAGUGGCAGCACAGAAGCUUCCGGCCUGAUAUGGCUUCCAAAGCUGACAGAACUCAUAUCUUAAUACAGAAAAUCUUGAAAAAUGGAGAUUAAAAAUGAAAUUUUUCCUCUUGGGUUUAAUGGAAAAAGAACUGGAGAAAAAACUUGGAGCUUCAUUACUAUAUAUGUUGACAACAGCAAGACUAUUGCAUGUGGGCAAAAAUGGAAGGGCACUUCGACUCCUACCAUGCAUGAACGGAUUAAAGAAAAGAACAUAAGUACUUUUGUUUCCACAUGGAAACCGCUUCUGAACUUCAUGCUUGACGUGGAAAAGCAUGAAACUUUGAUUUUCGGUUUUACAGAUUAGAUUGACAGAUCUUUCUAAAAAUUGUUCAUAUUAUUAUGAAAAAGCAAAAAGUUGUGAUUUGAUGUUAAUGCCUUAUUCUACUGUAACACGGAGAGUUGAAAGUCAACGUUUCUUUUUCUUUCCCUAGCUUUCCUCACUUUUCUUCCCCCUUUUCCCUUCUCCCUCCUUGUCCUCUUAUUUGCUUUUGUAUUUUGUAUUUUACAAUAGCUUAUAACGUAAUAGAAAUGUGAUAUAUGUAUGUAUAAAAGAAGAAGAAGCGUGCCAACAUCAUGCUGUAAUUUACACAGUGUCCGCCUCAUUUUUUUUUUUUGUCUUUGAAAUGACCAAAAGAAUUCAAGUUGUGGUUGUGUUUUGGCUCUUCGUCAUCUCAAACCUUUCAUUAGUGUGCUGUUAAUGGGAGUUUGGUCUACACAUAGUCUUUGUUGUUUGAAACUUAAUAAACGUGUUAUAUCUUCAAAGCGAUUUCAUGGCUUUAGGUCAAGGAUGUUUAACCUUGGCAACUUUAAGACUGGCGGACUUGUAUAAAUUAAAAGGCUGUAAGGUAAAAAUGGAAUAAGAUGAAAGACAAUGUUGAUAAUUAAAACAUAUGGGGGGAAUUCCAAGAAAUAUACUCAAUAAAUGGGAAAAUCGGGGUUGUCUGGACAUAGUGAGAAAUAUUGAAAAGAAAAUGAAUACAGCAAUAGAGAGAGAUAAGGAGGAGGAGAGAGAUGGAAGAAAGGGAGAAGGAGAGAGGGAAAGAAGAAAGGAAAGAGGAGAGGAAGAAAGGGAGGGGAAAUAAGAGUAGGAGAGAAGGUUAGAUAGGGAGGAAGAAUGGAGGCAGGGGAGAAAGGAAGGGGAAGCAGAGAAGGAGUAGGAGAGGAGAGAAGAAAGUAGGAAGGAUAAAAGAAGGGAGGGAGAAGAAUGAGAAAGAGAAGUAAGUUUGCUGUAAAACUAAAAAGAUGAAAUGGAAGAAAGUCAACCCCGAAUAUGUUUGAAUAUAUCAGGAUAAAAACUGAAUUACCUGAAAAAUAAUAAAAGAGAAUAUAUUAUGAGUAAAAAUGGAGAAAUUAGAACCUGAGGGUGAAAGAAGAUGUGGUUUAUAUAAAUGAGCAUAGAAAUAUUAAGACAUGAUUAAAAUAUGGAAAAAGAAUAUUUUGGCAGAAAUUGUAACUAAGUAAAAUGUAUUUGGAUAUGUUAAAUUGUAUAAGAUAUGAUAUGGCCAAUACUCUGUUCAUAAACUAUGUGUAUAUAUGUGUGGGGGGGAUCAAUAAAAAAUUGAUUUAAAAAAAAAAAGACUGGCGGACUUCAACUCAGCAUGACUGGCUGGGGAAUUUUGGUAGUUGAAGUCACCAGUCUUGCAAUUGCCAAGAGUGGGUACCUGUGUUUUAGAUGAUCUAUGUUCUGUCUACAAGAUUUCCCACAGCUUUUCUUAAACCUGGCCAAAUCCAUUGACUUGUCCAUGGAGAUAUCUGAUGAUAGUUUACUAUCUUCCAAAGGCAUGUCCAUCAUGUCUAUUAGGAAGCAAUUAUGGAGAUGAUCUACUGUCUUCCUACUCAUCUUUAAGAAUGCCCCCAAACCAACUUAUUGGUUCAUGUGUUACACAGAAUGCUAGAUUAGUUACAUCCCUGGCUUGAACGAUCAAAGGAUUGGAUAGUAAAAUAUAUGAAGAACAGCUGCAAGAAUUGGGUAUGUCUACUUUAAUCCACUUUAAUGUAGAAUGAAAGGGAUGCGGUGGCUCAGGGGCUAGGAUGUUGAGCUUGUCGAUCGAAAGGUCGGCAGCUCAGCGGUUCGAAUCCCUAGUGCUGCCGUGUAACGGGGUGAGCUCCCGUUACUUGUCCCAGCUUCUGCCAACCUAGCAGUUUCGAAAGCAUGUAAAAAUGCAAGUAGAAAAAAUAGGGACCACCUUUGGUGGGAAGGUAACAGCGUUCCGUGCACCUUUGGUGUUGAGUCAUACCGGCCACAUGACCACGGAGACGUCUUCGGACAGCGCUGGCUCUUCGGCUUUGAAACAGAGAUGAGCACUGCCCCCUAGAGUCAGCAACAACUAGCACGUAUGUGCGAGGGAACCUUUACCUUUUACUUUAAUGAAAAGACAGAUUAGGGAGUGACAUGAUGGCAGUCUUCCAAUAUUUGAGGGGCUCCUCACAAAGAAAAGGAGAUCAACCUAUUCUACAAAGCACCUGAAGGCAGGACAAAAAGCAAUGGACAGAAAUCCCAAAGGUUUUUUUUUUCAAGAGGCAACUGGACUUUCUGGUUCUUCCUUGAAGAUGUUUCCUUCUCAUCCAAGAAGCUUCUUCAGUUCUUCAAGGAAAAACCAGAAAGUCCAGCUGCCUCUUGUUAAAAGCACCUUUGGGACAACCAUGAGUUGGAUGACUGAGAAACUCAGUAGACAAUGGAUGGAAACUAACCAAGGAUAGUAGCAACCUAGAACUGAUUAAGGAGAAAUUUCCUGUCAGUGAGAACAAUUCAUCAGUGGAACAGCUUGCCUCUAGAAGUUGUGGGUGCUCUAUUGCUGGAGGUUUUUAAGAAAAGAUUGGACCACACUUUGUCUGAAAUGGUGGGUCUCCUGUUAAGCAAGGGGUUGGACUAGAAGAUCUCCAAGGUCCCUUCCAACUCUGUUAUUCUCUGAAGUUCUCAAGCCAAGCUUCAGAAUGGACCCCUUCUCCUAUCUAAGAUUCCGGCCAAUGGAAGCCAAGAAUGUUUCUUCUUUCCUCUUCAGCUUUUUUCCCAUUGGGCGAUUUAAGACAAUGGGGAAGCUGACAGCAAAUCAGGAGGCUUGGUUUGUUUUAGGAGCCCUAGAAUGUCCUUGGGUACCGGUUAAAACGAUGCAGUUAUAAAGCAUGGAAAAGAAGCAACAGAAGAAGGAUGGAGCUUCAGACAAAAAUUACCAAGACCUUGAGGCGGAGAAACAAAUGGUCAAGAAAAACCCGGAUAAGUACAGAGGCACGUUAGAACUACCAAAAUGGCCAUGCAAGCUGAAUCCACGAUUGCCUCAUGAUACCAAUGCUUUCGACUUUGCUCUAAGUCUCUCUUUUUCUACCUCAGUCAUUAAAUCAGCUGUUCUGAUCCAGCGGUGGUAUCGACGCUUUGUAGCCCGGCUCGAAAUGCGUCGGAGAUGCACCUGGCGCAUCUUCCAAUCCAUAGAAUAUGCAGGAGAACACGAUCAUAUAAAGCUCAAUCAUUUCUUUGACUAUCUCAUGGAGCACAUCACACCAAGAAACAAGAAAGACAGGGCGUUGAUUAACCGCAUACUGUCGGAGACGGAUGCUACGAAACAGAGCAAACUGGAAAAAACAAUGGAGUCUAUGGCGGUACCAGUCAGUUACAAAGGGCCUCGCCUUGGUUUCCCCCUGACGCCAGAUGACGCGGUUAAUGUCCUAGAAGCCUUCAGAAACAAUCAACAGCUUCAUCCUUACUAUGUUCUAAAACUCUUCCACGAAGUAGAACAGCAUCUCAGCCAGCUGCCAAAUAUCAACAGAAUCUCUACCUGCUACAGUGAGGAGAUCACCGUGUGUGGAGACUUACACGGGCAAAUAUUCGACUUGUUUCACAUAUUUUACAAGAAUGGACUUCCUUCUCCGCAGAAGUUGUACGUCUUCAAUGGCGACUUUGUUGACCGAGGUCCGCAUUCCAUUGAGAUCCUGAUCAUUAUCUUUAUUUUCCUCUUGAUUUAUCCCAAAGAGGUCCACCUGAAUAGAGGAAACCAUGAGGACUAUAUGAUCAAUUUCCGCUACGGGUUCACCAAGGAAGUCACACGGAAAUAUAAGGAUCACGCCCACAGACUUCUGUCAGUGAUCAAGAACGUUUUUAGCAGCAUCCCUUUGGCAACGGUUAUUGACAGGAAGGUCUUCAUUGUACAUGGAGGCAUAUCCGAUAAGACCGAUUUGGACCGGCUAGACAAAGUUGAGAGAUGUAAGAUUCUCUCUGUGCUAGCACCAAAGAGAAGGAGAACUUUGGACUAUACUGCAUCUGAAGGUAGCAAAAUGGUCAGGAGUGGUUCCACAAUCAGCGUCCCCCAAGGGGGACAAAAGUCAGUCCAGGAAGAUUCAAAAUCCGCCGGCAAGUCACCUGGAGUCCAAAAAAUCUCAGGACCCAGUUCAUCUCUGGAUUCAGAGGACUCAAGCGAAUCCACAAACGAUGACGAUGAUGACAUUGAACAGAUUCUCUCUGUGCUAGCACCAAAGAGAAGGAGAACUUUGGACUAUACUGCAUCUGAAGGUAGCAAAAUGGUCAGGAGUGGUUCCACAAUCAGCGUCCCCCAAGGGGGACAAAAGUCAGUCCAGGAAGAUUCAAAAUCCGCCGGCAAGUCACCUGGAGUCCAAAAAAUCUCAGGACCCAGUUCAUCUCUGGAUUCAGAGGACUCAAGCGAAUCCACAAACGAUGACGAUGAUGACAUUGAACAGGUGAUAGAUAUUUUAUGGAGUGACCCUGAUUCCAAACCUGGAUGCACAGAAAACUUAGAAAGGGGCGGAGGCUGUUACUUCGGACCUGAUGUGACAGAUAUGUUUUUGCGGAAACACAGCCUGCAGUUCAUCAUCCGCUCUCAUGAAUGCAAGCCAGAGGGUUAUGAAGUCGAUCACAAUCGGAAGGUCAUCACCAUAUUUUCGGCUUCAAACUAUUAUUCAGCGGGCAGUAACCGGGGUGCCUACAUCAAAUUGGGACCUGACCUCAUCCCUCAUUUUGUCCAGUUUCAAGCCACCAAAGGAGUAUCCCGCCAACUGAACAUUAUUCAAAGGACCAGCCGAGUGGAGGAGUCGGCGUACCACAUUUUAAAGGAGCAAUUGUUUGCUCACAGAUCAGAACUCAUUGCAGCAUUCAGGGGCUACGAUAAGAGGAACACAGGCCUCAUCACUGUAAACGACUGGGCAAAAGCCAUCGAGUCGGUCCUCCAGCUGGGACUGCCAUGGAGGAUGCUGAGACCGCAUCUGAUAUUGCAACUGACCAAUGGAAAGGUGGACUACAAGACGUGGCUCAAAGACAUCGUGACGGAAGAGAAAUCUUCCAUCCAAGAGCGCCUUCAGUCGAGUUUGCUGGAAAGCAUUUACCGAAACUUAUCCAAUCUGGAGACGAUCUUCAACCUGAUUGACGCCGAUUGUUCAGGAUUUAUUUGUCUCGAAGAGUUCAAUCAAAUUUGGAAGCUGUUCAGUUCCCAUAUGAACAUUGAUAUCUCCGAUGAAAACAUCCGCGAUUUGGCCCGCAGCAUUGAUUUCAACAAGGAUGGGAAAAUCGACUUCAACGAAUUCCUUGAGGCAUUCCGCCUGGUCAAACAACCAACUUCCCAGUGAAAAUCAAAGCCGCCAUGAACUGGGCUGGUGGGGUAAAACUGGUCUCGAAGCAAGCUUGCUAAUUCUGUACUCAUCUUUUACUUCAAAUCUGCCUCUGAACUAACCCCAAAUUGUGAAUUAUUUAUUGCUACCAAUGGAGCCAUUUUUACUUUUCUUAAAUUCAGCAGGAAAAAAAAAUUCUGGGGAAAAUUUUCCCUCAGUAACUUUCAAGCAUUGAAGCUUUUGUUUUGUUUUGUUUUGAAGUGCUUGAGAUAAUUCAAACGCUUGUGAUCAAAGCUGCAUUGCUUUUAAUAUCUUUACUCAAUUUUAAAGCAUAAUACAGUUUUAUCAACGGUAUCCAAUGACCGGACGUUUCCUUUUUGUUACAGCUUCAAUGUGGGUCUAAUAAAAAAAAAGUUUAUGUUAUCAUUGCCAAGUUUGGCUGAUUAAUAUAUUAGCAAAAGAAAGUUUUAAAAUUAAGUCUUACACAAUAAUGUCUAAUCCCAAAACAAAAAGUAUCUUUGUUUCAAGACUAUUUCAUUUACAUGUUGAUUUGUCAGACAGUUCCAGAUUUUUCCAAAACUGCUAUAGUACAGUUAUUUAAUUUUUCAAAAUUGCUGUACAGAGGCAUUAACAUAGAACAGUAGAAACUGGGUUUCUAACCAUCAUUGCUCAUCUAAAUUUC